AUGCAAUUAAAAGCAUUUGUAGUUAGGAAUUCAUCAUAUAUUGCAGCAAUUAAAGCAGGGUCAGCAUCAGUAAAAAUAACUUGUGGAGUAGAUCCUCAUGUUGCUUCUUUAAUUUGCUAUAAUAUCCACUUAUGUGCCUCUUUUGUUUUGUCAUCUGUUAGU